UGCUGUUUGUUCUGGGUAGAGACAAAAGACGUGGAAAGAGUUGAGAAACCCCAGUGCCCUGUCUACUGGGGGCCUGUAAGGUGAGACCUUCGGGAGCCGCGGGAACAAGGAUGGCUGAAGCUGCGUUCUCCGGCGUGAAGCUGGAGAAGAGUGUCAGGCGCCUCAGGGAGACGUUUCAUGGCCGUUUGUCUGUGGAGAAGGCAAAUGUCUUAAUGGAGAAAUACAACCACGACCAUGAGCUCGUCUCUUCCUGGCUGAUUGAACAAAUGAAUGAGUUCAGAUCAGAAAAAGAAGAUGUGCACCAAGCAGACCCAACCGUCCAGGAUCGACAAAAUGUCUUGAAGGACAGAGACAUUGAGGAGGUGGCUGCCACCAUAAGCUUACCCCUGACAGAGGAAAAUCUGCGCAUGCUGGAUGAUGCCCAGAAAGGCUGUAUUGCCAAGGAAGACUGCCAGUUUGCCUGCAGUACCUGUAAUAACGUGUGGUGGCGCCGGGUACCCAUGCGCAAAAAGGUGUCCCGGUGCCGGAAGUGCAAAGUGAAAUAUGAUCCAGUGCCCAAAGAUAAGAUGUGGGGUGACGCCAAGUUUCAGUGUUUACAGUGUGGCCAUACCUUCAUAGGUUUUGCCCAGAUGGGAACUCCAUCUCUGUGCUACCACUGCGGCAACUCUGUCCUGCCAAAUCGGAUCCUCCCCCCACGCCGAACCCAGAAUGAGAGAGGCAGAAAAAACACACACAGCUGCUUUGCUGAGGACUGCUACAACAGACAAGGAUCCUCCAUACCAGGGACCUUCUGUGUGCACCCCAAGAGCCGGAAACAGAAAAAUAUGUCUGUUGUCUUGUGGCCAAGUGCUGUCCAUGAGAGCAGUGGGUCCACCGUGGCCACCUGCCUUAGCCAGGGCAGCCUCAUGGAAGACCUGGACAACUUAAUCCUAGAGGACCUCAAAGAGGAAGCAGAGGAAGAGGAAGGCAACUAGGAGCUUUUGAUUGCUCUUUCCACCCCAAUAUCCCCUACAGACCUGGAGGACCAGUGUUGACCUACGGGACCAGUCAAAGUUGCGGGUGGGUCCUCAGCAGUGGUUUGAGGAAAAGCUGACAGGUCACUCAGGGGAAAGCCUCUAGUUCCUGAGGCCUCUCUCUCUGAUUUAAGAAAGUCCAUACGUGUGCACUUUAGCAUAGUGGAAGUGGGUAAUGAGCUCCUAACCCCCUCCAUGUGGGAGAUACCAUGGCCCCCAUACCCACAUGCCAUAUACAUAGACAUACAUUACGAUGCUAAUAUUUUAUAUGCCAUGUUCAAAAUAACAAAAGGAUGUGCCCUA